GCGCGCCGUCGCGGACGUGGCGGGCGGCGCGCCCGCCUCGGGGCUCGCAGCCUGGCGCGCGUCGCAGCAGGGGUCUGGCGACGGCAGGGCGAAGUUGCCCGUGAUAUUGUUCCCAGGAACUCGGACCUCCUGCUGCUGGGGCACACCAAGCGCAUGCACCUCUUUGAGCAACGAUGGGUGGAUAUGGUGGAGACCGCCCGGAGCCAGUUCAAUGGCAUUGUCGGGCUUGUCUAUUUCGGCAGGGACGGCAACGUCGUGAGGGUGACGACCAUCGCGGAAAUCGUCGCCUGCGACAACCUCGGUGCUGUUGGCCGCAUGGUGGUAGUUCGCGGCGUGUCGCGCGGGUCGCUGCUCGGGCUGUCGAAGGAGGUGCCGAUGUCCGACUCGUUCGGCUAUGCGGUGGUGGAAGAGUUGGCCGAGUUGUGCGCCGACGACGUCGCGCCUCCUGCCGGGGGAGCCGUGGGCGGUGCGGCGGACGGCGGCGGCGGUGCCGCGGCUGCCGCGGCGGCCAGCCUGACGGCCCUGAUGAAGGAGCUGGACUUGUCCGAGCCGCGAAACGCCAGCAGUGAGGUCAAGGCCAAAGCCGAGGUUUCGAAGGGCGACGACCAGACGGGCGAGUCGUCGGAUGCUGAGGAGCCGCGGCAGCGGGCGCCGCAGCUCUGGACGCACGAGCGGGUCUCGCCGGCCGAGGAGUUCGCCGCGCUGUCCGGGGAGGACUCCUGGGCGCAGCGGCGAGCCGCCGUCGAGGAUUGCUUGUCGGGGGUGCCGAUCUGCGGCGCCGCGGCGGCGCUCGACGGCGCCGAGUCGGCGACAAUUGCCGCCGCUGAGGCCGCGGUGAUCGACCUGUAUACUGCGCUGGCGGCGGCGUCUCUAAACCUGCGCCUGCAGCUGUUCGCCGACGACGGCGCGGGCGUGGGGGAGAGGCUCGGCUUGCCGGCUGCCGCGAAGUUGUUGCCGCAUCGGCACGAGCUGCGCGCGAACUUGCUCGAGUUCAACGCCCAGCCCGAGCCUGUGGCCCACGUCCCCGUUGUGCAACCAACGCCGAACGCACGACAUUGGCCGAGGCAGUCGAAGAUGUUGCUCGCAAAGUUCGGCUCGCCAAGCAGCUUUCGGAGGCUACGGAAGCGCCUCGCGCGGCACAGUCGGUCGGCAUUUGAUGGUGCAGAGGUUGCCCGUGGCGAAGUUGAUCCCGGCAUGCAGGCCCUGCAGGCAUCUGAUCCAGGGAAGUGGAAGGACGAGAAGAGGGAGGAGAUGCGGGCUGCGGCCGAGGCAGAGCGCCAGCGCCAGUUGCAGGCCGUUGCGGGACCCAUGGAUGUCGAGUCUCCUGGUUUCGCCGACAUGUUGACCGCCGAGCUCCAGGCUUGCGCCGGGGCGCGACUGCAGCUGGCGGGGUUGCCGAAGUCUUUCCGCACUGCGCAGGAGACCCUCAGCGAGUCCGAGGUCUCUCGAGCGGGCGCAGUGUCCAUGCGGCCCGACGGCGCGACGCUGGCGUCCUGCAACAUCGCGUCUUGGUCGAAGAUCGCCCAGGAUUUCGCAUCCGAGGUCCGAGCGCGCGGCGAUGCCCCCCCGCUCCGCGAGUCGCAGGGGCGCGCGCCCCCCGCGGCCAAGAGGGAGCUCGCAGCCGCGGGCUGGGCCGCCGAGCUCUGCGCGCAGACGUUGGCGGUGGACUGGGUGUCCCGCGUCGUCAACUUCUCCGGGUCGCCGCCGCUGGCGGGGCUUCCCCUCUGGCGGAUUGACACCGGGUCUAAGUUUUCCGAUAUUGAGAUCGUUGAGAAGCUGGAUCAGUCCGCCUCCGAGAUCUGCAGCCCUUUCAAGACGGGGCGGAGCACAUUGCGCCCAGCAUUGGCGGCUGUCUGGAGCGCGUCGUACGAGGAGAGGUUGACGCCUGGCGAUGCCAUGUCUGAUGUCCGCGAGGCGGCCCUGGAAAGGUGCGCCGUCGCGGCGUCGGUCGAUGUGCAUCGGAACACCUCGCGUUAUGGGAUGCGGCCGCUCAGAGGACUUCGCGGCAAGAUGUCCAAGGUGGUUACCGGAGCCUACGUGGAUGAUAUCUUCCAGAGUACGCAUGGCGAGGAUAACGCUCUCCCGGCGCGGCGCUUGCAUGCUGCCGUCCGUUUCGGCCACGAGGUCGAGAAGCUGGGGCUCCUCAUCAGUGACAAGAGUGCCCUAGCCUGGCCCUCUAAGGCGAUGGGCGCUCGGCUCGUCUCCAAUCUUCAGGCCCCGCAGCAGUGGGCGCUGACGCCUGCGGGGCCUUCUCGACCAGCGUUCUCGCCGCCUCUGCGGUGUCUCGGGGCCGACCUCGACCUGUGGCGUCCUGCCCAGAUCGCUGCCGACCCGCGUGUCUACCCAGGCCCACGCGUCAUGCUGCGUGCGGUGGUGGACCUCUCGCCCACGCGUGCCGCCGUUGAGCACCGUGCCGCCAGGAAGCCGCCGCUCGACGCGGCAGCGCUGCGCCGCCUGAGGGCGGCCGCGAGGGUGCAGAGGCAGGUGCUCGUGCGGCUCCGGGAGGCCGUGUCGGCCUGCGAGGCCGCCCUGGACGCCCGCGGCGUCCCCGCCGAGCGGGGCGGCUCGGGGUGCUCGGCGACGGCGGCAGCGCUGGACCACGCGGUGGCGGCCCCGCAGAUGGAGGCCCUAGAAACGCGCAUCCGCCACCUGGAAGAGAGGCACCAGGCGGAGGUCCUGCAGCUGCGGGGCAAGAUCGACGACGCGCUGAACUUUGGCCGCCAGCAGCAGGCCAGAGCGCAGUCGCUCGAGGAGUACAUCCGGGGACGUGCCGGAGGCAGUGCUGCGCUUGCGGCUGGACCCGGCUCCGCUGGCUCGGCCGCGGCGGCCGCGGUUCCAGCGCCGCCGGUGUGGGCCGCCGAGCCGGCGCAGGACCCGAUCGACGAGGGCUGGCGCGUGGGCGCUCGCAUCGCUGUCAGGCGCGUGGUCGAGGCACGCUUUGGCCUGCCGGCAGCGGCGAAGCGCAAGGCCGUGAGCUCGAACCCGUUGAAGGUCCAGCAGCUGGCCCGCAACGCCAACUUCGAGCCGCCGCCGACCUCUGCGCCUGCUGCCGGCGGCAGUGCGAAGGGGCUCCUCGGCCGGACGGCCAGCCCUCGGCUUCGGGUGCUCUCACGCGGGGUUUGGGUCAUGCGGCGCGGACUUGCAGCAACAGGAUGUAGUGCGGCGCUUGGCCGACCUGAAGGCCAUCACUGGGCAGCAGUCGCGGCGCAGGAGCCGAGGGAGACGGAGUGA